CCGAGGCGCGCGGCGCGAGGAAAAUAGUGCGCAGCGGAGUGAUCCGAACGCGGGGGCGGGGCGCCGGCGGGGGCCAUAAAGGCACCGAGCGGGGGGAUGCGUGGCGCAGUUGGCGCUGGGUGAGGUUUCUGGUGUCCGUUCGGCCCAGCAGCGCCGCGGGAAAAAUGCAGAUCUUCGUGAAGACCCUGACGGGCAAGACCAUCACCCUUGAGGUGGAGCCCAGCGACACCAUUGAGAAUGUCAAGGCCAAGAUCCAGGACAAGGAGGGCAUUCCCCCAGACCAGCAGAGGCUGAUCUUUGCUGGCAAGCAGCUGGAAGAUGGCCGUACCCUGUCUGACUACAACAUCCAGAAAGAAUCCACCCUGCACUUGGUGCUGCGCCUGCGAGGUGGGAUGCAGAUUUUUGUGAAGACCCUGACAGGCAAGACCAUCACCCUUGAGGUCGAGCCCAGUGACACCAUUGAAAAUGUCAAGGCCAAGAUCCAGGACAAGGAGGGCAUUCCCCCUGACCAGCAGAGGCUGAUCUUCGCUGGCAAGCAGCUGGAAGACGGCCGUACCCUGUCUGACUACAACAUCCAGAAAGAAUCCACCCUGCAUCUCGUCCUGCGCCUCAGGGGUGGGAUGCAGAUCUUUGUCAAGACCCUGACGGGCAAGACCAUCACUCUGGAAGUCGAGCCCAGCGACACCAUUGAGAAUGUCAAGGCCAAGAUCCAGGACAAGGAGGGCAUCCCUCCUGACCAGCAGAGGCUGAUCUUUGCUGGCAAGCAGCUGGAAGACGGCCGUACCCUGUCUGACUACAACAUCCAGAAGGAGUCAACUCUGCACCUUGUCUUGCGCCUGCGGGGUGGUAACUGAACCAGCAGGUUGUUGCUUCCAAAUAAAAGCUGUGGCCCAAGUGGAAACGCUGCUGAGCUGAGCUAUCACAGAGCAGUUCACGUACGCCGGAGAAGCCCUGGCAAAAGGGAAGUUCCCACUGAAGUAUUUGUGGUGGAGGUUGCAGAGGGGCUGAGGAGCAGUUAACCAUGGGUGUGUGGAGAUGGAGAAGGGAGAGUAAAACAACUCCUUUCCAGGAGUUGGUGAGAGGGGCUCACCUGUGGGAGGGGAUAUGGUGGGUGUUCAAUGGUCUUAGCUGGUGACGGGCUUCAGGGGGAGCAGGAGGGGUCUGCCCGGGUGGGAUAGCAGGGUGUGACUCCAGUAAUACCAGUUGCCUUUAGUAAUGUGGCCUCUAAGGAGCAAGUUUGGAUCACCAGGAUCUGUGCUGGGGGAAGCAUUUGAAUUCUAAGGAGUUAAAUCCUGUGUGGGUGGGAGCUGGUGCUGUGCCAUCCUGGACAUCCUGGCCUCUCCCACUGGAGCGCCCCAGGCUCUGCCCACGCCGCCCUGGCUCCCGGUUCCUGAGCUGAACCCAAACAAGUGCAACGAACAAUUUGCCAUUGUGUGGGCUUUCUGUCCUCUUGGGACUUCAGAAUUCACAAACUGAGCAUCUCUUCAGCAGAGCUCCUUUAGCACAGGUGUCCUUGCUCAGUCCAGGGGCGGCUGUCACUGGAACAGCAGUGAGCAUAACUGCAAUGGUUCUGAUUUGAAGGCAGCCUGACUGCCAUCAGGGAAUGUCAAAAGCCUCCACAAAUGACUGCAGAGCUGUGUUUUAAGAAAUCCCUUUAUUUUCAGUGUCUCAUUAAAAACCUUUACAAUGGCAUAUUUAAAAAC